AUGACACGUACAGACCCACCUGACAUACUGGUAUCAACUGUACAUCGAGAUAUAAAAGUGAUUCCCAUUUCUUCACACUACAAGUCCUUGCAACCCUCCAAACAAUGUGAUUCUAUAAAUUACAGCACAGUGGAGGACAGUAAGAGCAAAGUCAAUAAGAGGCACUGCCGUACCUUUGACUACAAGUCAUUGGAGUAUCCGAAAUCACACAUAUACUCAAUGGAGUCCCCAUACAGGAAGGCUGAUAGGCAUGCAGCCAAUCCAGAUGUUGCCUGGAAUGCCUUGGGGCGCCAGCAGAGAUACCGCUUCUCUGCUCCAGACAUUUUUAGUCAUAGGUUAACUCCUCAACCGAUGGCUGCUGAUAUGGCUAGUGAUAUAGUUGUCCCUGAGCAAAAAAGAAGGACAAGGUCAAAAAGUGCCCCUCGGGUCCAGACCAGCCUCACUCCUGUGUCUUUUGAAGGGUCCUCAUCUUCGGGGAGGAAGGGAAGGGAGUCCCAAAGGGCUCCAAGAGACUCUCGGUGGAGACCAGAGGUAUCACCACGUCGGGAGUCAUCCUAUGCAGCAACUCGGGCUCAUAUGCAUGAAGUACAUCCCAUUAAGUUGCAGCCUCAAAUGAGUGACAGUAGUAGAUAUUCACCUCACUUUGCUGCUGAUAAUUCUGAGGGAGGAGGGCUAGAUAAACCAGCAACUAGUCCUCAUGUCAGAUGUCGGGUGGACAUCAAACCUGAUGAUGCAGAAUUGCAUCAUCCAGGACAGAAACAAGCUACACCUCAAGUGGACAUACCAUGGCAGAGGCAUCACAGUGGAGGAAGUAGGAGUCUGACUGUACCACGCCAUUUCUCCUACUCUAGGACACCAACUCCCACUGACUCAUUAGAACCUCAAAGAAUUGGCACAGAUUCAAAAUCUUACUCAAGGUCCUGGGACAAUAUUCUCAACUCUCGUGUAGAGAGGGAACAACCUCUUCCUGUGCAGCGGGGUCAGAGCUAUGAUGAUCUCCUUGACUCCAGGAAGCCUGCAGCAGCCUCAGGUGACAAACCACAACCAGUGGUAGUCAAUCUCUCCAGUUCACCAAGACGCUAUGCAGCCUUAUCAAUGUCUGACAACUCACUAAUUGACAAAAGCCCAACAGAGAUGUCAAAGAGCACUACCAGUAAACUCUGGUUUGUCACUCCUGAAAUAACAAUCACUGAUAAUGACAUUCGACCUGGGAACCUUAACAAGGCUGAAGGACGGUCUGCCAGUUGGGACAUUCUUGACUCCAGAAGUACUGAGGGUCCAGAACUGUCUCAGCGUGACUUUGAAAGCUCAACCAAAGAGAAGACACAUGAUAAUGCCUCAUUACAGCAAAGCCUCGAACAACUUGAUGAGCUUCUGGCAGAUCUUGUGACUGACUACAAGCCACCCAGUAGAAGGGCAAGUGAGGAUAUCCUGGAUCAACUAAAGAAGUUAAUUGAUGAGGAAGAAGCAGUAUCUCUGUCCAGAAAGAGCUCAAAGGCAGGUUCAGAAGAACCAGCUCCCCUUGACAAUGCAGAUGAGUGCUCCCCAGACCAGAGCCCAGAUGAGGACGAUACAAUGAUGUGCUCUAACAACAAAUGUCGGAGGACAGAGACCCUGUUCAAUGCUUGCCUAUAUUUUAAAUCCUGCCACAGCUGCUACACCUACUACUGCUCUCGUAACUGUCGCAGGGAGGACUGGGAUAUUCAUAAAGAAAGCUGCCUGUAUGGAAGAAUUGGCAGCACAUGCCGUCACAUCAUCAAACACUGCCGGGAGACUGUCGAAGUCCACAAAGCCUUCUCCCGUAUUGCCAAAGUUGGCUAUCUUUCUCGAGGUAGAGGAGUUCUCUUCCUUGGUUUUCCAAACCCUGCGUCGUCCAGUCAUUUCCUGCAGUACGGCCUGGAUAGUCUGCUUAUGUCUCCUACAUACCUGUCCCUUCGAGAGCUUGAAAGCUUCAAGGACAAUCUAGGGGAGUACUGUAAGGAGCUGCAGGAGGCUGGCAAAGAGUAUGACCCAAACGAAUGUUUCAUCUUGAAUGUAUCGAUUGCUGUUGGUGAACAAUUGCCUGAUGGGCCAUCACCAAGGAACCAAGCUCCUACUGUCCGAAAAUAUGCAAAGGUUGCCCUGGCUUCCUUCAGCCCUGAAAGAAAGGUUCACAAGAAAGAGAGUGACAUGGAAACGCUGAUCCUCACUCCACCCCCAGGAACAGCAGAUAUCGACAAAGUGGGAGAGGAAGGCAGGAAGGCGAGGGAAAUCUGUUUCAUCAACAUACAACGAGAGUUAAGGAUUCGAGGGGUUUUCCUACGCCACGAAUACCCACAGGUGUAUCAGCAGCUCUGUGAGUUUGUAGAAAGUAACAGAAGGUUCACACCCACAACUAUCUAUCCCAUCGAUAAGAGGACUGGUAAACAGUUCAUGUGCAUGAUAAUGGCUGCCUCUGAGCCCAGGACAUUAGACUGGGUAGGCACCCCGCAUCUCCUUGAUGACAUUAUUUAA